AGACUUUCUCUCUUUUGUUUUAUACAAACAAUUCAUUUCAUAUUUUUGUAAAACUUAAUAUUUUUGUCAGGUAAUGGUAAAAACCUUCACUAAAAUUGUGUGUUCAAUAUCAUUAACAUGAUCACUCUCAAACUUUGUGUCAACAAAUAUACCAAUAAAUUAAUACAGAGUCAAGAGUAAUAAUAAAUGUUGCAUAAUAUUCAGCUGUAUCGUUUCCACGAUGAUGCUGCUCUAUAGCUUUUUCCCAGCACAGGCUCCAGGAUAUUCAUGUGUCAUAAGGAAAUCCUUCUUAGGCUGGUUUUGACUAUAUAAGUGAUGACUGAAAAGUUGAAGACAAACUUGAUCAGAAGAGAAAGAUGGAAGUUCUGACUCUCCUUCUCUGUCUGCUUCUAACUGCCUUUCAGGCAAAAAUCGUUGGGUCACAGACAACAGACGACUGGCUAUAUUCCACUGAAGGUACUUCAGAACCAUGUGGUGGCUACAUGACAGAUGCAAUGGGAGAAUUGUUCAGCCCCCGAUACCCUAAUAACUACCCUAAUAACGCACAAUGUAUAUGGACCAUCCAUAGCACAGGGAACACAACCGUGUCACUGACCUUCGUCGAUGUAGAUUUGGAAACAUGCUGUGAUUACAUCAAAGUAUAUGAUGGCCCUUCUACCUUCCACCCCUUACUGGGAGAAAUACGGGACUACAGGAACCAGUCUUUCAAUUCCAACUACAGUGAUCUGACUGUGUUUUUCUACAGUGAUAGCAGUGUAACAAACAGAGGAUUUCAUGCAAACUGGGUCUUUGAAUCAUGUGGUGGCUAUAUGACAGAUUGGAUGGGUGAAUUGUUCAGCCCCCGGUACCCUAAUAACUACCCUAAUAACUCAUAUUGCACAUGGACCAUUCAUAGCACAGAGAACAUGACUGUGUCACUGAUCUUCAACGAUGUUGCUUUGGAAACAUGCUGUGAUUACAUCAGAGUUUAUGAUGGUCCUUCUACCUUCCACCCCUUACUGGGAGAAAUACGGGACUACAGGAACCAAUCUUUCAAAUCCAGCUAUAAUGAUCUGACUGUGCUUUUCUAUAGUGAUCACAGUGUAACAAAUAGAGGAUUUCAUGCAAACUGGACCUUUGUAGCUUCCUGCAAUGGUAACUGUGGCCUUUUUUUGGGCUCUUGUGCAUGUGACGACGUCUGUCAUAGGUUUGGGGACUGUUGCCCCGACUAUGAUGACUAUUGCACAGUGUCCACAACAUCAGAGGCUCCCUCAGAUGACCCCUGCUACAACUACACUGUACUGGACGAUCCUUGGAGAGCCACUGACUAUCAGAAUAACUUAGUCUUAAUGUGUGAUCAGCAUGUGAAUUGGUUUGGCUGGUAUCGUCUCUUCAUUCAUGGCCAGAGUGUCCAGAUGCCAGACACAUGUGUUGAUAUGAACAAAUGUGGCACUCGUGCCCCACUGUGGUUAAAUGGAGGACACCCAAAGGUCGAGGAUGGAGUGGUCACCCGAGGUGUCUGUGGUCACUGGUCCAAUAACUGCUGCUCUUUCAGUUCUACUUCCAUAAGAGUGAAAGCCUGUCCAGGCAAUUAUUUUGUCUAUGAGUUUGUUGAACCAAGUGACUGUUAUUUGGCAUACUGUGCAGAUGUGGGAAGCAUCAACACCACAUAUACAACUGUUGCACCAGAGACCAACUCUUCUGUUCCUCACCCUCAGUGUGGAGGACACCUGUAUGGUUCUGGACUGCUUUCCAGUCCAAACUACCCAAACUAUUACCAUGACAAUGCCUACUGUGUGUGGUAUCUCUCUGCUCAGCAAGGACAGAGGAUCUUCCUGACAUUUGCUGAUGUGCAAUUGGAGCGCUGCUGUAACUGUGACUACAUCACAGUAUACGACGGCUCUUCCACUGGUCAUCCAAAGCUGGGAAAGGUCUGCUUCAAUGACACCACACACCAGGUGUUUCACUCUUCUUCACGAUACUUGACUGUUGUCUUCAGGAGUGACUACUCUGGUGUCAGCCAUGGUUUCAAGGCCCUUUUCACAAGUUCUCUCACUGCAGAUCAAGGUCGUGUGGAUUGUUCCUCAGACAACAUGGUCAUUGUCAUUCAAAGGUCUUACCUGAACUCACUCGGGUUGAGUGCAAAUGACCUUUAUGUGGAUGACCAUCUUUGCAGACCCAGCAUUAGCAGUACUGAGGUUGUGUUUAGCUUCCCACUUGACGCAUGUGGGACCACCAAAGAGAUGGUGAAUGGUUAUGUUUCCUAUACCAACAAUGUGCGGGCCUCUCCGUCUCAGUUGGGUGAAAUCACUCGUCAGUCACAGUUCCUGCUACGCGUGGGCUGCCGAAUGGAGCCAGACACCAUGGUGCAGAUAUUCUACAAGGCCAGUGAGAUCAUCAAUGCCAACAUCACAGGAACGGGUCGCUUCAAUGCCAGCAUUGCCUUCUACACCUCCAGCAGUUUCUACCAACAAAUUUAUGGCUCUCCAUAUGAAGUGAACCUGAAUCAGCUUCUGUAUGUUCAGGUCAAGCUAAACAGGCCUGACAACAGUCUGGAUCUCUUCCUGGACACUUGUGUAGCGUCUCCAAAUCCAGAUGACUUCAAAGAUCGCUCCUAUGACCUGCUGCGUAAUGGAUGUCCCAUUGACAACACAUAUUAUUUCUACACAAAUGGUCAGCACUACUAUGCUCAGUUCAGAUUCCAGGCUUUCAAGUUCCUCCGGACUCACGCCUAUGUGUACCUGCAGUGUAAGGUGAUCAUCUGCCCUGAUAACGAUUACAACUCACGCUGCCGCCAAGGUUGCCGCUACCGUCGCAAGAGAUCCCUUGACGGCACCUACCACACCAAUACUGUGACACUGGGGCCAAUCAAACUGAAUGGUCAGAGGCCAUUAAUAGGUAGGGUGAGAACUGGACCUUAAAAUAAAGUGUGACCACCAUUUCUAAUGAAUUGUAUUAAUAUUGAGGCUUUUCUAAUGACUGCCCAUUCACUGUCAUUCAAGGCAUCGUGUAAAGGAGUCUGAGACAUCAAAGGAAUGAAAUUAUCAUUUUCUCAAUCAUAACCUUAAUCAUUACUAUUAAUCAGUCCUUAUUAACCAGCCAACAAAUAAAUCUAAAUACAAAUUGUAUUUUUGCAAUUCAAUAAAGCAUUUCUAAACAGCUGUUCUUGUCAGUGGUGUCUCCAAUGGUUUAUAUUCACUUGUAUUCCACUCAGUGUUUCUACAUGGUCUCUCAGAUAUGAAUCAAGAUAAUGCAUGGUACAAAAGACAUGGGGGAAAAAAACCCAUUACAUUUCUUGUUCAAAACUUGUUUUGUUCCAACCCUGUUAUAUUUAAAUGUUUUAGGAAGUUUUGAUGUUAUUCAUUUCUGUAUUUAAAUUAUUUUU